CUGAGUUUCGAUAGUCAUCUAAAGUUGUUUGUUAUUAAUUUUAGGUAAAAUGACGGCAAGUUUGUUAAACUUAAAUGUGGACACUUUAUUCGAACAGAAUAAUGUGUCGGAAAUCGAUGCCGUGCACAAAAAGAUCCAGACAGUGGUGGAGAAUAAGCGGGAGGAACUGCGAACACAAGUUGGAGAACGCUAUCGGGACCUGCUGAAAGCAGCGGAUACCAUAGCAGCCAUGCAAACCUCAGCUGGGACUCUCAUUGAGCAGGUGCAUCAUGUGCAGGAGAAUUGUAGGAAACUGAAUGAACAACAGUUGCUGGGUUUCAAAGAUACCCUGUCACCACCUGCCCAAAAUACCAUUCUCGAGGGGCAUGGCACAAGAAGCAAAAAUAAAAAAUUACAGAAUUAUUAUAGCUGCAUGGUCCAGAUUAAGCUACUAACCUCCUUGCCAGAGCUAAUUUGGACACAUAUCGACAAUGAGCAUUUCUAUGCGGCCACCGAACUAUUUAUUUUCAGUCGCCACAUCAGCACGGGUCUCCAGUUGGAUGGACAAAGCGAAUUGAUGCAAAAGCUUCCUGUGGCUGCAAAACAAUGGGAAAUUCUUCGACCAUUCCAUCUGACCAUUAAGCAGGCAAUUAUGUCCGUGCUGGAGAGAGAGACUAUAAAUAGCGAUGUGGCUGUGGAUUGUCUGCAAAGUCUUUUGCUUUUGGAUAAAUGUGAUUUGGUGUCCGCCAUCAAAACUUUUCUACAUUUGAGAGCAACAGCCUUUUUAAAUUCGCUAGAAAGUAAAACAGGAAAAGAGCCUCGACGGGUUAAGGAACGUAUUUUGGCCAGUUUAGGCAUACUCAACGAUACCAUAGAGCUAAUUGAAAAGUGUUUGUUGGAGAAUGGUGGCCUAUUGUUUUCAAGGAUUAAGGAUUGCAAUUCAUCGGCUUGGACGCCUAGUAUUAAUCGCAUGGAGAGCAGUGAAAGGCAAUUAGCUUACCUUCUUCCUGAUAUUAUAGCAAAUUUUAAGCCGCAAUUUGAUGAUCCUAAACUGGAAGUGCAUCAAAUGUCCGCAGCCUUACAGCAGUUUCUGGAUAAGAUCGAUUCAUUGGCAUCAAAACAACUAGAGCAAAUUUUCGCUUUAGUCAGCAAUAUGCAAACUAUACAGGACAUAAAGUCCACAGCCAGCGCAACUCAGGAAAGGCUAAAUUUCAAUCACUUGGAGCAAUAUUGGAAUUUGAAAGCUAGUCAGUUGGAUUUCUAUGGCAUGAAGUAUACGCCUUUGAUCCAUAAGCGCAUAAGAGAAAUCAUUCGAAAUAGUUGGUCUUUAGCCAUGACCAAGACCUAUGAGAAAGUACUACAACAGGUGGAAACAGGCCAGCUGCCAGUUGCUGAACAAAUCUGGCGGGAACAAAGCGAAGAUCUGCCCCUGAGUCUAGCCGCGGCUCUCAACGAUCAGCCGAAACGUCUGGCCAAUCGUACCAAAGGCUAUGAUAGCUCCACGAUUGAUGUUUGCAAGCAAUUUGAUUCCUAUCUAGCUGAUAUAGUUAAAGAAAUGAAUGUCCUGUUGCAAGAGCAGACCACCAAAUCAGAGGAUAAGCUAGAACUAAUACAAUUUCUAAGGGAAACGGCCCAAGAGCAAAUAACCCAAUAUUUGGGCCGUCUGAAGAGUCUAAAGCUGAAGGAGCGGCGAACUUUGCUGCAGGCAUUAUCAAAUACCUUAGCUUUAGUGGAACUGUGUCCAAAUUUAAAACUUUGCUUUUGUCCACCCUCAAGCUGGAGGCAAUGGUCAGCUAACUCCAUGGGCUUAGAGCAUUGGCCACGUCUUUGUGGCCUAAUUGAGGACGAGAUGUUUCAAUUUUGGUUGCUGGUAAUCGAUAAUGUUCUUUCUGCAAAUAGCUGUAAAGAUAAAAUGCCCAAAGCAAUGAAUCAUGAAGUCGUACUUAGAGAUUUUCCCCUCUGGCAAAGCCAAACACUGGAGCAGCGCGAUGAGGAUGACCCAGCUGAAAGGGUUCAGUCUACCAUACGCAUACCGAUUCAGCCUCGACUCUCGCUUCAAACAUAUCUCCAUGAUCUAAUUCAUUCCUUAAAUCAGGCUGUGCCCCAAACUCUGCCACCCAAAGUUCUACAGGCCUUUAAUCAGAAACUCUUGUCUGAGCUUCUUUCCCACUAUGAAUCCUUGUCCACAUCGGACUGUGCUAAAUCUAGCCAAAAUAUUUCUCUUCAACUUUAUUUCGAUUUGAAAUUUCUUGAGCGUUUAUUUGGCAUAACUCGAGAAGAGCGUUCGCUAUAUGAUCGAUUCCAUUCUCUUCAACUAUCUCUCAAAGAUUGCAUUGAUCCCUUUGAUUUUGAGCUAUUUGCUGAACAUAUUUCUACACAUGUUGCUCGUUCUUCGAAUCGUCUGCACGGGGAAUUCGGUGUACUAACACCCAAUUCUGUGCAAAAUCAAAAGAACUCGAUAAUAUCACCCAGUAACUCUUCCUCAUUGGCCCAUGAAGCUGAUCCCAAUGUCUUGUGCUUAAGUUCUUCGGGCUCAACAUCGCUGUGGUUCCCAUUGUUGCCAAUUGUAGUGCCACCCCAGGGACUGACGGCACCGACUAUGGCCGCUGAACGCAAAACGGAGCUCAUGGAAUCAGAAAAGACCACACCGACAAGAAAGACGGCGACGACAACGCGCAAAUCGGAGGGCACCAACAAAAGCAAAUCGAGUGCAGCCUCGUUCUUUGGCAUGUCUCAGGAGUGGUUUCGCUCCAGCUAAGUGAAGGGCAACCAAGCGGAAGAAAGAGAGAACGUUGAACGUUGGCUUUGUUAACUUUCAAACCAAACACAUUUGUAAAAUGAUUUAAUCAACAAUUAUAAUUAAUGUCAUAUUUAUCCCUGA